UAUUUGACAGAAUUGCCAAAACAUACGUGCACUUUUUAGUCUGCUCUUGUAUCGGACACGAUCUACGCCGGUGUACAUGUCGCUAAGUAGACACAACUUAUUAUUUAUAGAGACUACUUUAAUUUAUAUGUCUUGUCGCUGAUUGGGUUGGGCGACGCUGGACAGCGAACGACAGCCGGCACGCCCGCGCGGAGCAUGGAAAUGGAGCCUGGGAUUGGGAGGAGGGCCGCAGCCGGAGGAACCACACCGAUCUGUCCAAGUGCGUGAGCAGGCGGCAGCCAAGCCAAAUUGGUCCGCAACCACUCAGAGUCAGAGUCAAACCACUCUUACAUAUCGUAAUGUGGUUCUAAAUGAAUGUGGCGCAAGAUACGAGUACGCAUACGCACCGGAGCACCCCAUUCCACCUGACCCCCACCCCACUUGACCAGCUUAUUACUUCAUAUCGAAUUUGGCAACGAGUUUGGAGCCUUUGUCGCACUGAUUUGUGUGCGGAGCACAUGCGUGAAAGGCGAAGGCGACGGCACCGCCACCUGACCAGCCCAGACCCAGAUCCAGAUCGAGAUCGAGAUCCAGAUCCAUAGCAGCGAUCUUGGGCGGCACACGGGCGGAUGUUGCAAUUUGAUUAAUUAAUUAUGUGGAAAAUCGGCAAAGCUCUUAACGUUUCUCGCUUUUUGUCGAUCGACAGAUCUGCGAAUGUCAACGUGCAAUUUGUUUGAUGUGACGGCGAUAAGCCGAUUCCCCUGCUCCUGUAGCCAUUCAAUAUGUCAGGCAACUUGUCUGGUGAUUAAUUUUAGGUACCAUUGAUGGGAAUGUCUGGGAAAUAGUAAUAUAAGAUUUAAAGGAUUUCCUCCUUAUCCUUUUAUUUCCGUUUUCUCGUAAAAUUGGGGCUUUAGUCCAGAAAAUUUAUGGAAAUUUAGGACCUAAUUUAACAUAGGGACUAGAAAAUGGGUCUUAAUAUUUAAGAUGAUUAUUUCCAUAAAUUUUGGAGGCUCUUAGAAAAUCUAGGAAUGGAUUUCUACAACAAAUGCGAUUUCAAUUAUUUUAAUUGUCAUUCCUGAGUUCAAUAUAUAUGUACAAAGAAGCUCUGGGAUUUAAGGAAACCCAGGUUUAGGCAAUAAACAAGAUUUUUCACAUUAUACCUAUCAAUCCAUAGCUAAAUUAUGAAUUUUAAUAUUUGACCACAUUUAGAUGUUAAAUAUUUCCUUUCCCAAAACAUAAUUUCUAAUUUUAUUAUACAAGUUUGUAAUAGUACUGUUGACAACCUAUUAAUAAUUAUUAAUUGUUUCGCACUCAAUUAAAAACCUCCCUUAACUUUCACUUGUUUUUGGCACACUAUCAAGGUUUGGGUAGUGUUAGACUUAUAGGAAUCGUUUGAUAAUCCAGAGACAAGAGCUUACCAUGGCUACAUUGUUGCAGAAAUUGGAGCAGUGUAUAUGUUUUAUUGCCAGAGCUCAAGAUUUGCCGAAAAAUGAAAUAAAAGUAUAAUAACAAUUUUGCAUUAGCUGGAUUCCGGUUCGCUGGGUGAUCGUAGAUCGGUUUUGGGGAGUGUAGUGCUCGGUUUUGGUGUGGGUUAUAUGGAGUGUGUGGUGCGUGCGCUUGGAGCGUGGCACCCAUCAAGAGAUCUGGGUGGUGGGGCCGGGCCAGGGAGCACUGCUUUGACUAUAAAAGUUGCGAUCGCGACACUUGGAGACAUAGUUCAGUGCAGGAGCCGCAGCAGCCACCAACCAAGUCAGCAAAUCCACCAAAUCCCAAGCCAAGUCCAAGCCAAAAUGUUCGCUCUCGUUUCACUCUUCAUCCUGGGCGUUGGAGCCGCCGCCGCCAUCGAGCUGCCGAUCAGCCCCAUUUACCACUCACCCGCCCUGGUGAAGCCCCUGCUGAAGACCAUCGAAGUGGAGGCACCUGCCCACUACGACUUCGCCUACUCGGUGCACGACGAGCACACCGGCGACAUCAAGAGCCAGACGGAGUCCCGGAAGGGCGACCAGGUCCAGGGACAGUACACCCUGGUGGACGCCGAUGGCUAUCUGCGCACCGUGGACUACACCUCGGAUGCCCACAACGGCUUCAACGCGGUGGUGCGUCGCGAUCCCCUGGGCCAAAAGGUGAUCAAGGCCGCGCCCAUUGCCAAGCUCCUGGCCCCCGGCCCCUUGCCCCUGGCCUACGGGGCCCCCAAGCUCCUCGCCCCCGCCAAACUGCCCCUCGGCCUCUACCACUAAGCUCUGGGCAGGAUUGAUCGAGAGAGAUAGCAAACACUGACUUCAUCGCAUCGACGACGACCCAUCCGCAUCCGCAUCUGUGUAUCUGUAUCUGAACUAUUGCUCAACUACCCAGACACCUCGUAUCAUAUCAUACUUCCUCUGUUCCUUUCCUCUUUUCCUCUUCUCUGAUAUCUCUACUAAGACUUUUCGGCACCCAGUCAUUAAAAGCGCCAUAACUCGAUGGCUGGAGAGCCCCUAUCUCAUCUGUGUAAUACUAUGUGUAAAUAGAAGGCAAU